GGACAGAAGGUGCAGAGCUCAGCACCUCCCACGGCAUCCGCGAGUCCGAAGAGCUUUUUAAACACACAAGAUUCCUGGCAUCCCCCUAAUUCAGGGCUCUUUGGGGAUGGAGCUUAGGAAUUAGGAUUUUAAGCAAGUACCUCAGAUGAUUGAUUAGAGUCCUCUAAGGAGACUUUAAGAUGAAAACGUCAGUUCAAGGGCGCUUGGGGCGGGAAGCCGGCGUUCUCACGCGCGGCCACAAGGGGGCAGCAGGGAGGCCAGAAGCGGGCGUGGGCUUAAGGGGCGGCGGGUGGGCGCACCUGGGAUUCAGGCUGCGGGAGGCCGCAGGCCCUGGUGCCGCAGGGUCCCCCUGCCAGCCUGCCCUCCUGAAGCCUGCCCGAGCUCAGAAUAACCCCGAGGACCAGACAGGAUGGCAGGGGCUCUGCUGGGCGUGCUGCUCCUCCUGCGGCUCCUGGGUAUGGCCGGGGCUCCGUCCCGCGCACGGGGGUAGGGAUGCCCAGGGACGGGCCAGGACGAGAGACGGAGAAGCGGACUCAGUGGCGGGCUCAGGAGGCAGGCCAAGCACACAGCCUCAGGGGCACACUCACAGCAGAGCCCCAUGUAGACCCCGGGGCAGCAGAGAGCCCCCCAGCCCCUGGUCUGCAGCAAGCCCACAGCUGGACCCCUCCCCAGGUGCCGGUGAGGCGAACGAGGAGCUGCGUCUUUACCACCAUCUCUUCGACAACUACGACCCCGAGUGCCGGCCCGUGAAGGAGCCUGAAGAGACGGUCACCAUUACCCUCAAGGUCACCCUGACCAACCUCAUCUCCCUUAACGAGAAAGAGGAGACCCUGACCACCAGCGUCUGGAUCGGAAUCAACUGGCAGGAUUACCGACUCAACUACAGCAAGGAUGAUUUUGGGGGCGUGGAGACCCUGCGGGUCCCUUCAGAACUUGUCUGGCUCCCAGAGAUUGUGCUGGAAAACAACAUUGACGGCCAGUUCGGCGUGGCCUAUGACGCCAACGUGCUGAUCUACGAGGGCGGCUACGUGAGCUGGCUGCCCCCGGCCAUCUACCGCAGCACCUGCGCCGUGGAGAUCACCUAUUUCCCCUUCGACUGGCAGAACUGCUCGCUCGUCUUCCGCUCGCAGACCUACAAUGCGGAAGAGGUGGACUUCGUCUUCACAGUGGACCACGAGGGCGAGACCAUCAGCAACAUAGACAUCGACACCGAGGCCUACACGGAGAACGGCGAGUGGGCCAUCGACUUCUGCCCCGGGCUGAUCCGCCGCCCCAACGCCGCCUCCGCGGGCGGCCCGGGGGUGGUCGACGUCAUCUACACGCUCAUUAUCCGCCGGAAGCCGCUCUUCUACGUCAUCAACAUCAUCGUGCCCUGCGUGCUCAUAUCGGGCCUGGUGCUGCUCGCCUACUUCCUGCCGGCGCAGGCCGGCGGCCAGAAGUGCACGGUGUCCAUCAACGUCCUGCUGGCCCAGACCGUCUUCCUGUUCCUGAUCGCGCAGAAGAUCCCCGAGACGUCGCUGAGCGUCCCGAUGCUGGGCAGGUACCUCAUCUUCGUCAUGGUGGUUGCCACGGUCAUCGUCGUGAACUGCGUCAUCGUGCUCAACGUAUCCUUGCGGACGCCCACUACGCACACCAUGUCCCCUCGGCUGCGCCACGUCCUGCUGGAGCUGCUGCCGCGCCUCCUGGGUUCGGGCGCGCCCCCCGAGGCUCCCCGGGCCACCUCACCGCCCAGGCGCGCUUCGUCCGUGGGCCUGCUGCUCCGGGCCGAGGAGCUGAUACUGAAAAAGCCGCGGAGCGAGCUCGUGUUUGAGGGGCAGAGGCACCGGCACGGGGUCUGGACCGCUGCCCUCUGCCAGAGCCUGGGCGCCGCCGCCCCCGAGGUCCGCUGUUGCGUGGACGCCGUGAACUUCAUGGCCGAGAGCACGCGGGACCAGGAGGCCUCCGGCGAGGAGAUAUCCGACUGGGUGCGCAUGGGGAAGGCCCUGGACAACGUCUGCUUCUGGGCCGCCCUGGUGCUCUUCGGCGUGGGGUCCAGCCUCAUCUUCCUCGGGGGCUACUUGAACCGAGUGCCUGAUCUGCCCUACCCGCCGUGCAUGUAGACGUCGACCCCCGCACUCGCUUCUGGAGGAAACCGAUUUUGAAAGCCCCGCUGCGGUGCGGUCCUGUGCUCGCUGCUGCAAUAAAUCGGCGCUGUGCCAACUUCCCCGGCUGUGCGCGGGCUCGUGUGGCUGAGUGCGCGCACCUGUGGAGGUCUGCCCCGCCGGGGUCGGGGGCAGAGCACGGUCCUCCGGAAACCACUCGCCACUCCUGCAUCCAGCCUUGUCGACUCCCCAGUGUUUCUCAGAGCCUAGGCCCUCGUGACCCUCUCUCCAGACCUGGGAGCUGCUGCCUUUAUCGGCAGAAAACGACAGGAUGGCCUUGGAGGCGGCUGGAACCUGGAAGCCGUGUGCCACCUCCGGGGAGCGCGCAGGACUCACAUGUCCCAAAGGCCAUAGGGCUAAGGCCCCC